CGUAACGUGUUUUAUCGAUUUCGUCUUGGUCGGCCAUGUUCGUACACCGCCACCGGUCAGGCGCACUCGUGUCCCACCGAUUCGAGAGAGAGACCCGUGCCACCGAUAGAUUUUCCACCGUCUACAUCGUCGUCGAUGUCGCAGGGCGUAUAACGAUGCGCUUGUAAAACGCGAAACGCGCCCCCCUCCUGGUGUGUGUGUUUUCUCUUCCCUUCACGUCGUCGUCGUCGGACGCGAGAAGUCACGUUUCACGCUCGUUUUUUCCAAUUCGUUGCCGAGGUCGGGUGUCGAGGUCUCGAGAGCAGAGCGAGAGGCAAUCGGCGAACGAGGAGGAAGCGCAAGCCCCCGUUCUACAGCAGGCAGCCGACGAACAAUCAUCAAAAUGCCUAUGAUCGGCAAAAGAGAAGCGGCGAAGAUGCCGGAAGAACCGCAGCCGGUGGAAGAUAACGUCGAGUUAACGACAAAAAUUUAUGUGACCACGGAGGAGGAGGUGAAAGAAGUUGGCACGAUGGCGGUGACCGAGAGUGCAGGGAAGAACUUUGAGACUCAAGUGGAGAACCUCGGCAAGGAGCUUGCAGAGGAAAUGGGAAUACCAACAUGGGGACUAGUAGCGAUUUUAAUAGCCGUGCUGGUAGUAGUUCUUGGAAUCUGCUUCUGCUGCAUCAGAAGAUGCUGUCGCAAAAGGCGGUCCAAGGAUGGGAAGAAAGGGCUGAAGGGCGCGGUGGACCUCAAGUCCGUGCAACUUUUAGGCAGCACGUACAAGGACAAGGUUCAGCCGGAUAUGGAAGAGUUAACUGACAACGCUGAGGAACCGGACGAAGGCGAGAGUAAACAGAGCGAGGUGAAACUUGGGAAGCUUCAAUAUAAGCUCGAGUACGAUUUCAACACGAACAGUCUGGCAGUGACUGUGAUACAAGCCGAGGAGCUGCCAGCUUUAGACAUGGGUGGCACAUCCGAUCCAUACGUGAAGGUUUACUUGCUACCGGACAAGAAGAAGAAAUUCGAGACGAAAGUGCACAGGAAAACGCUGAGUCCAGUUUUCAAUGAGACUUUCACGUUCAAGGGUGUGGCAUACGCAGAGGCUAUGAACAAGACGCUAGUUUUCGCGAUCUUCGACUUCGACAGGUUCUCCAAACACGACCAGAUCGGCGAGGUGAAGGUUCCUCUGUGCCAAGUCGAUCUUGCUCAGACGAUCGAGGAAUGGAGAGAACUGCAGAGCGUCGAGGGUGAGGGUGGCCAGGACAACAAAUUGGGUGACAUUUGCUUCUCGCUUCGAUACGUACCCACGGCCGGUAAAUUAACGGUGGUCAUCCUGGAAGCGAAGAAUCUGAAGAAAAUGGACGUCGGCGGCCUGUCAGAUCCUUACGUGAAGAUCGCACUGAUGCAAAACGGCAAGAGAUUGAAGAAGAAGAAGACGUCGAUCAAGAAAUGCACUCUCAAUCCGUAUUACAACGAAUCAUUCACGUUUGAGGUACCCUUCGAACAGAUACAGAAAGUGCAAUUGGUUGUCACGGUAGUCGACUACGAUCGUAUCGGCACGUCAGAACCCAUUGGGAAGGUCGUCUUGGGGUACAACGCGAGUGGAACAGAAUUGAGACACUGGUCCGACAUGUUGGCAUCCCCGAGACGUCCUAUCGCUCAAUGGCACACGCUUAAGGAUCCCGAAGACGGCGACAAGAAGGACUAAAGUGAUCGUUGAGGGAUGUCCAGCAUAAAGGUAAUGCACACCAAAUGGUUCUAAGCAGUUGCGACAAAUGUACAGAAGCAUUAUCUUUUUUUCCGUUUCGUUCCAUUUCGUUCGCUUUCGCCCCCCGCCCCCCACCUGAGAAACUCUAUAGAUAGAUAUAUAUAUAUACAUAUAUAUAUAUAUGCACGUAUGUAUAUGUAUAUUAUUACAUAUACAUAAAUAUAUAUAUAUAUAUAUGUAUAUACUUACUUUCCAACGAUUUCCGUGGACGAUGUACCGUAACGAGAAUGCAGGAUUUAUCCGAGCAAAAAGAAGAAAGAAACAAAAAUGAGAGAGAGAGGGAGAGAGAGAGAGAAGCGAAUGAACGUGCGAGGAAAGGAAAGAAAAUUGAAAACAGAGCAAGUGGGAUGCAACGAUCUCCCCCGAUGUAAUCGAUCGACUUUUAUUCGAUGAAAAAUAAUCGUGCACGAGAGUAAAAGUGAAAUAUAGAUGUGAGAGAAAGAGAGAGAGAGAGAGAGAGAGAAAGACAGAGCGAAAGAGUGGGAGAGAAUGUGAGAGAAUAAAAUGCAGAGAGAGAGGGAGAGAGAGAGAGAGAGAGAGAGAAUAUAAGAAACAAAUAUAAAGAAAUACUUUAGUAGAUAUUAAUAAUCUAUUAUUAAAAAUUAAACAACAAUAAAAUACCACCAGAAAAGGUUUUAGUAUUAAAUGAUAAUAUGUUCUCAUGGAGUGUAGCGUCUUGUAUAUACGUAUAUUAUCUACCAUAACCCUUUUUCUGUAGAUGUAACAAUUGAACGACUUCAAGUAAACGCGUCCUCUUCGAGGUAUCUCGAGACGAAGCAUUGAACACCCUUUUGUUUUUUUUCUUUUUCUCUUUUCGCGAAACACCAGCGCUCUUGACUUCCACUGAACUGUGAGUUCCGAUAUCGACAUAGUCUGCAACGAUAAAUUUUUCUCUUGUCGUCGAUUUGAAUUGAAAGCACGUUUGAUAAGACGUUUAUUUAAGAUAUCGAACGAUGUCAGUCUUAUUAGAUAUUAUAUAUUAUAUAUAAAUAUAUAAAUGUAUGCUAUAUAUUCUAUGUAUAUAGUAUACGGGAAAUAUAUAUAUAUAUACAUAUAUUACGCGAGUACAAUUUCAUUUGAAAAUGCCAUAUCUCGUGUAUGCAGGUCGAUGAUCGUGUCCGUGUCCAAAAAAAAAUUGCACAGAGAAAAAAAAAGGAAAGACAGAAGUUUCGUUUUUCUAAAUCAUUUGCUUGUCUUUACGAAUGACAAACGUAUAUAUAUAUUCGUUUCGCUUCUCGCUACGUGAGAAUGGUAAUUGUAGAGGCUAUGAUUGAAUUAUUUCCCUACAAAAAAAAAAAAAAAAAAAAAAAAGAAAGAAAGAACAAGUGCAAUGCUUUCGAUCGCGAUAUCUUCGACAUUAGAUUAUGCGCUACCUGUACAGGGGACCUUAACCGAUCGAAACGAACGACGGACGCACUGGCGGGAAAUUCAAAAAUUUCUUCCAACGAGCAAGAAAACACGCAACACGGUCUCGCUCGCGGGCAAUGUGCCACGGAUAGUUUUUGUUAUAACAGCACCCUUCGAUUAUAAUACUCGUACUAAUUUACGAUAUCGUUUCACGAUUUGUUUGUUUCGCGAACACACAGAGAGAAAAGUGUUAAUUAUAAUCGAUGGCUGCGGAUGGCAACUCGUUCGCGAGUGACGGAGGCACGUGUCGUUUCGAUCGUUAAGCUCUUGAAACUGAAAACUGCGGAAUCGCCCGGUGAAAGAUUGCGAGAUCGCCGAAUUGCGAAAACAAAUGGCACACAGGUUUUUCGCCACUCGAUUCCCCCCCACCCUCCCCCGCACCGAUUCCGCAUUUUUCGUUCCGAAGUAUUCACACACCGCGUGUACUGUAAACAUAUUGGUAUAUAUACAUAUUAUAUAUAUAUAUAUAUAUAUAUAUAUUUACCACGUGUUAUAUAUGCAGAUACUGUUAUCGUUUUUUCAAAAUGUAACGGGCCUACCGAUUGUAUAACUUGCGUUGCCGUUCCGUUAAACUGUCUCUCGGACAAUGAACGUCAGAGUGAAAAAGCAAAAGGCAAAGUAGUGACGAGUCCACGGUGAUUCUCUGUGUGUCCUUGAGAAUUGGAGGGAAAGAGAGGAGAAAAUGAAAGAAGGAGAAAAAUUGAGAACACGGAAAUACGAUUCGAAGAGAGAUUCAAACCAAAGUUGAUCGAAGUAAUUACGAGGACGUCCGGAGAUCUACAAAGCAUUAUUCUAAUUAUUAUUAUUAUUAUUAUUACUACUACUCCUAUUAUUAUUAUUAUUAUUAUUAUUAUUAUUAUUAUUAUUAUUAUUAUAAAUAUAUAUAUAUAUAUUAUAUACUUAUAUGUAUCCUUCGAGAAAAGAUAAACUCAAUUGUUAGAAGAGGAAACUGACUUUAUACAGUAUUAACUGAGUUUGACUGCUAUGAAAAGAAAUUCAUAUAUUUUAUUGCAUCGUUGACCUUGAAGCUUCGAGUUCGACUGAA